AGGCCCAGAGACAGACCCUGUAGCAGAUGGCUGCUGUCCAGGCCUGGCUGCCCCUCCUCCCCUGGUCUGCAGAGCCUGCCCUCCCAGGCCGACCAUUUCGGUCAAGGCAUUGACCUUCCUCAAUUUUCCCAGAUGAGAGACACUGGGAACCUGGGGCAGAAUCAGGCAGAGCAUCUGACUCCCUCUCCUGAGGGGACUCCCUUUUUUAUCCUCUCCUCCACUGUCAGAAACAGAUUUGGGCUGGAAUGGCCUGGGAGAGUCCACACCUGCUGCUUCCACCUGUGCUGCUGCUGCUCCUGGCCUCAGGGCGCCGUGCCUGAAGAACUUCACAAACACCCAGGACAGACCCUCCUCCUGCAAUGCCAGUACUCACCCAAGACAGGACCCUAUCAGUCCAAGACCUGGUGUCAGCAGACAUCUCCAGAUUGGUGUACCAUACUUGUCACCAGCUCCAAGCCCCGGACAGCAGUUCAGAAGUCUGGUUACACAAUCUGGGAUGAGCCCGACGCUGGCUUCUUUAACAUCACCAUGAUUCAGCUGACACAGAACGACUCGGGAUUCUACUGGUGUGGAAUUUACAGCACUUCCAAAAAAGUCAUCACCGUUCUUAGAGAUAUCGAUCUGGUGGUGUCUUCAGCCCCAACAACAUCUCCUAUGUGGACCUUUCCCUGGCUUGCAACAAGCACAGUUCUGAUCAAUUCUCCAGAGGGGACCUCUGGCCAUCCCUCCAUCAAGGGCUCUGAGACCAGGUAG